UGUGAGCGGCUGCUGCCUCACUUCCAUUCCCCGCUCCCAGGAAGCGCCUCGGCGGCCCGGAAAGCCUCAGAAAGCCAGAGAUCUACCCCGGGAGAGGGAUCCAGAGGACGGUGUGUGGCGGCCAUGAGGACGCCGGUGAAGGAGAGCGUGCGCCCGCGGCACCGGAGCUCGGGUCGGGGCUCGGAGUCGGAUCUGUAACGGCGGGGGUUUGUUUUCAUUGUGUGCUGAGUGGCGCAGGAGAAAAGGAUGCCUCCGCGGCCGCAGACACUCCUCCCGCUCCCGUCGAAAAGAUCGAUUACUUCCCGACACGAACUGUCUUUCCUGUCCUCUCUGACGGAGGCUUUGCUGCGCCGGAGCGCGCUGAUUCGUGAGGCACAGCGUCCACCAUGCUGCCCGCUCGGUAUCCAUGAAAACUCUCAAUGAUAACAAGGAGGAGGAGGAGGAGGAGGGCUCCGGCUGCAACGCCAUGGUGGACAAGGAGAACAAUCUGAAAACGGCCAGGUUGUGGAGGGAUGCCGCCCUCCGCUCCAGGAAGCUGCGGAGCAACCUGCGCCAGCUCACCCUCUGCUCCAAAGACAACCAGAUCGUACUGCCGGAGGAUGUGGGCGAGGUGGAGGUGCUCAAUCUGGGCAACAACUCGCUCCAGGAGCUGCCAGACGGACUGGGAUCCACCCUCAACAACCUGCGCAUCCUCGUCCUGCGCAGGAACAAGUUCACAGCUGUUCCCCGGGUGGUGUUUGAGCUGGGGCAGCUGGUGGAGCUCGACAUGAGCCACAACUGCCUGAGAAGCUUCUCUGAGGGUGUGGGUCAGCUGAGGGGGCUGAAGAAGCUGUGCAUCAGCCACAACAAAAUCCCCUAUCUGCCGGCUCAGAUCGGAGCGCUCCAGUUUUUGGAGGAACUGGACAUCAGCUUCAAUGACCUGCACGACUUCCCCAGAUCCUUCUGCGGCCUGGCCAAGCUGCGGACUCUGGAUGCAGACCACAACAAGUUAAACCAGUUCCCCCCUGAGAUCCUGGCCCUCGGCGAGCUGGAGGAACUGGACUGCUCUGGGAACAAGUUUGAGUCGUUACCAGCAGACAUCAUGAAGCUGCGGUCCAUCAAAAUCCUCUGGCUCAGCAGUCUUCACGUGUCCACAUUACCCGACACUUUCUGUCACCUGCACAACCUGGAGAGCCUGAUGCUGGACGGGAACCACCUCAAAGUGCUGCCUCCUGCUUUUAGCCACCUGCAGAGGCUCAAAAUGAUCAAUCUGUCCUCUAAUGAGUUUGAGGAAUUCCCCCAGGUUAUUUUAAGUAUCGCAGGAUUAGAGGAACUUUACCUGAGCAGGAAUAAACUGACUCAUAUUCCCGAGGAAAUAGGGCAGCUGGUGAACCUGGCUAACCUCUGGUUGGACAAUAACAGCAUCACAUAUCUGCCGGAUUCUAUUGUGGAGCUGGAGAAGUUGGAGGAACUCGUUUUACAGGGUAACCAAAUAGCCAUACUUCCAGAUAAUUUUGGAAAGCUGUGCAAAGUGAACAUUUGGAAGGUGAAGGAUAACCCUCUCAUCCAGCCUCCGUACGAGGUGUGCAUGAAGGGGAUCCCGUACAUCGCGGCCUAUCAGAAGGAGCUCGCACAUUCGCAGGUUGCCGUGAAGCCGCGGCUGAAACUGGUUCUGAUGGGAAUGAAGAAUGCUGGGAAAACGCGUCUCAGGCGGAGCGUGGUGAGCGGACAGCAGGACGUCUCAGGAGUCCAGGGAAACAGAGGAAUCGAGGUCACGAACUGGGUGGCAGAUGCUGAUCGCUGUCUCACAUUUCUAGUGUAUGAUCUGUCAGGGAAGCAAAACUACGACCUCAUCAAACCCUUUUUUCUCUCCCCCGGUGCUCUCUACGUCCUCGUCGUGAAUCUCAAAGCAUAUUCACCCAAGAACUUUUAUGCCCACGUCGGGCAUUUCCUCCACCUCCUCAGCGCCAAAGUACCCCACGCUGUCGUGUGCUUGGUGGGCACACAUGCAGACCUUUGCGGGGAGGUGGAGGUGGAGGAGAAGAGUCUGGACAUUCACAGACAGAUCGGCCUACAGGAGAAGAGGGACGUCCAGAGCCUGAGGAUUCUGGCUCUGCAGGUGGAUCAGGCCCUGGAGCAGGGCUACAAUGUCCGCUCUUCCAGCCCUCACGUCCUCUUCUACGGAGUCUCCGACAGGAACCUGAGGCGGAGGAAAUCCCAGCUGCAGUACAUGCUGAACCACCGGCUGCAGAUCCUGUCUCCUGUGCUGGGCGUCAGCUGCUCGGAGACCCAGAGGAACAUCCAGAGGCUGAGGGAGAAGCUCAUGUCUGUGGCAGACCACACGGACAUUUUCCCCAAUCUUCACCGUGUGCUGCCAAAGUCCUGGCAGAUGCUGGAGGAGCUCCACUUUAAGCCCAAAGACCUGUGGCUGUCGUGGUGGGACUCGGCCCGGCUGGGCCUCCAGGCGGGGCUCACGGAGGACCGACUGCAGAGCGCCUUAUCCUACCUGCACGAGAGCGGAAAGCUGCUCUACUUUGAGGACAGCCUGACCCUGAAGGAGUAUGUUUUCCACAAUCUUCCUCGAUUAAUUGCAGUUCUGGACGUCUUCUUCCAGAGGGAUGAGUCCACUCUGUUGGACAGGCUCCUGUCUGAGGGGGAGAGGGGGGACAAGGGGAGGGUGAGUUUGGUUAUAGAGGACGAUAAGGGAGAGAACCUCAGGGUGACUCACCUGCAGCACCAUGUGGAGGGCUUCCUCCAGCACGGCCUUCUGCCCUCCAACAUCAUCCGCCUGCUGCUCAGGCCUCUCAUCCAGACCCAGCAGGACCUCCACCUCAUUAUGGAGCUUCUGGAGAAGAUGGGGAUCUGCUACUGCAUCAACAAACCCCGCAGCAAGCCUCUGAACGGAGCCACGGCGUGGUACAAGUUCCCCAGCUACGUCAGCAGCGAGGAGCCCCCGGCGGAGGCCUCGGCCGGAGGGGGCUCUCUGCCGCUGUGUCAGUUCUUCUCUGUGGAGCAGCUGCACAUCCAGUACAGCUUCCCGUUCCUGUUUCCUCCCGGACUGUUCGCACGCUUCAGCGUGCAGAUAAACAGCCACGUGGUUCAGAGGUCGGACGGCAGGCGUCAGAUCUUCGCCUAUCGAGGCAAAGUCCCCGUAGUGAUCAGCCACAGGCCCCCCAGCGGGAAGCUGCAGGCAGAGAUUCUGUCCAUCGCCAGCCAGGCCUCGCUGCCCAACAUCUGGACGGCGUGGCAGGCCGUCACGCCGCUGGUGGAGGAGCUGAAUGUGCUGCUGCAGGAGUGGCCCGGCCUGCACUACUCUGUUCACAUCCUGUGUUCCAAGUGCCUGAAGAGAGGGUCGUCCAGCCCCCACGCCUUUCCAGGUGAGCUGCUGAGCCAGCCGCGGCCCGAAGGUCUGACCGAGCUCAUCUGUCCAAAGAACGGCUCGGAGCGGGUCAACGUGGCUCUGGUUUACCCCCCGACGCCCACCGUGGUCAGCCCCUGUCUCAAGUGACGUGGGGGCUGGAUCCCGGCUCGACUCGACCCCCUGACCGUCUCCUCCACGCCUCCUCGUCCUCAGCCUGCUUCACCUCCUGCACCACCCUGAGCUGAACCUGCAGCCGAAGGCAGCACAGCGUGCCCCCCAGCGUCUUCUGUUGCAGGUGGUUCAGCCUGGAGUCUGACGGGGGUCCAGCCUGGAGUCUGAUGGGGGGGUUCAGCCUGGAGUCUGACGGGGGGGUCCAGCCUGGAUUUCAGUAGCAUCAGAUGAGGCCUCGUCCCUUAACUCACUCCUGCCUGAACAUGUAGCUACACUUUAAAAGUGGGCCAGAUUUCUGCCAGGUGUCCCCUCUGAGACCAGGACUGCAGUCCUCCGCAGGAUCUCUAACCGUCUGACCGCAGCGCAGCCUGAAGACACGUCGGCCUUCGGCGGAGGAAGCAGAACUCUGUGCGCCUGCGGGCGGACUGAAGGCGUCGGGCCGUCGCUGUGAUCCGAGCUUUUAGUUAGCGCCCCCACGUGGUCUCCGUGGUGACUUUAUUCGUCAGGUGAUAUGAACAGUGAGGAGCCUGAAGGCACCGUCUUCAUCCUUCAUGUGAACACCUUCAAUGUUUUACGUGAUGUUCUGCCUCCACGGUGCGUUUCUCCAAAGCAGCUACGCCCCUGCAUGAAAUGAGGGCGCGAGGACGGCGUGUCGGUGUCUCUGGUGGACAGACGUGUGUCUCCGCUGCGUCCUCUGACUGAAGCCCGUGUGACUGUUUGUAGGUAAAGAGGAAGGAAAAGAGCUUCGGGUCUUUGCUUCACUUCACGCGGUCUCUUCAUUUCUGGCUGUUUCUCGCGGUUCGAGGACGCCGCCGAGCCGCGGACUCGUUUCUGUCUGAUGUAAAAUAAUAUCUUUAUUUUUGUAUGUUGGCAGCGGGUGUCACCACGCGAGCUUUGACGUUAUUUACAGCGUGAUGUUGUGCAUGACUCACUGUGAGCGCACUCUGGGUUUUAUAUGUAGCUGGUUUCAACAACAUGAAAUAAACCAAAUAAAGUGACACCUGGCUUUAGCACCA